AUGGAGAACAACAAGAUCUAUGAGCAGGUCGAUUCCAAGGUGGUCGCCACUCAGUUUAUUCAGUUCUAUUACAAGGAGUUGUUGAACGGUGUUCCAAAUGUGUUGAAGUGUUAUUCCGAGGACUCGACCAUCAAGAGAUUUGGCGGUGAAGACAUCAGCGGACUUGACGUGAGUUCUUUCUUGUUUUGUUUGCAAUUUUAGGGGAAAAACCAAGCAAAAAUGGCUGCAAAAAAUAUGUUUCUUGACGUUGAGGUCUAGUGUAAUAUAUUUUUUUCCAAUUCCAGAAUAUUCGCGCUGAAUUGGAGCGUUCUACGCUGACCAACGUGAAGAUCUACAAGAUUAACUCAGUGUACUCGUACCACAACUCGGUCUUCCUUCAAGUCGGAGCUGAAUUGACCACCACUGCGAGCGUCGAGAAGAUCCCGGUGAUCCACAACGUUCUGCUGGUCCCACGUGGUCCCCGCUCCUACUACAUCCAUUCGGACGUUGUGGAUUUGGUCAACAAUCUGUUUGACGACGGGAAAACCAAGCCCGCGCAGCCGUUGAAGCAUCGGAAUGAGGUGCAGAAGUUGUUGGACAGAUCUCUGCAGAAUGGAAUCAGCAAGCCCGUGGAGGCGGCGGAGCCUCAAGUGAGCCCUGUGAAGCCGGCGGCUCCGUUGCCGACGGCUCCAGUGAACGCCCAUCCGCACGCCGAGCCCUACCAGAAUGGUAGUCAUCCGAAGCCGGUUGAAGCCGCUGUCCAACCACCCAGCCCUCGAUCUCCACCCAAACCCAUCCAAGAACAACCCCAGGCCCCGCCAAAGCCCAGCGGACCCACCACCUGGGCCAAGUUGGUUAGUGGCGAGGUCAAGAACAACGGUCUUCCCCCACCGACGAAGCCUGUCGAACAACCAAAACCCGUCGGAUUCCCAGCCGCAAAGGGCCCCAAGCCUCAGCAGCCGCAGGGAGAACGCCAACAACAGCGCCGAGACGAUAAAUUUGAGAAGAAUCCGAGACGAUUGCACUUCAGUUAUCUGAGACGGCGUCAAAACACAACUCAACAGGAGCUGGAACAAGUGAUUAGACAGGCUUUUGAAUGUAAGUAUAAAAUUUGGAGAGCUUUUGUCUAGUACAAUAUACAUUAAAAAUGAAUUUUAUUUUCAGUCCUUGGCCUGAUCGAAAAAGUGAGCGCUUUUGGGUCUGACAAGUGGGUGAAUGGAUACGUCGAGUUCAAGGAAGAAUGCUCGGUGAAGACCGCCUUGGAUCUGGUGGACAGGGUAAGACUUUUUUAUUUGAUUUUGUUGGCUUUUAGGUAAUGAUGCGAUGGAAUGCAGCAAUAAUGGUUAAUAAAAGGCCGUCCAAUCCGAGAGAUGUUUAGAUAAUUUCCUGUGAAAAAUUAGGGAUAUUUGGAGAUUUCUGCAGGAAAUGUUAGCGUUUGACUAAUAGCAAAAAUUUUUCCUCAGAAUCUAAUAUCUUGUUCGAUUUUAGAACACUGGAAAGCCCGGCCUGCAGCUUCAAAUCGAGAUCCCCGCCUGGAACUUCAAGGAGCACGUCCAGAUCUCCGAGACUCCGCGCUCCUCCAGUGGUCCUCGCAACUUCAACAAUCGCCAGGGAGGCGGCGCGGCCGCGCAGAACGGCGGCAGCAACGGUGGCUGGAACAACGUUGGGCGCCGCGACAACCGCAACUUCCGCAAACCCCUCAGCAACGCGAGCCAGCCGGCCGGAAAGGCGCGCUGA